AGUAGCAGUUUUGGUCUCCACCGUAACUGGACUACUAUCUCUCACUGUUUUUUCCUUCUCUCUACACUCCUCGUCUCUCAAUCGUUUUCUUUCCCUUUCUCGGAGAUUUUCUCGAGAAAAAAACCACCGGAAAGAGCUAGGAUUUGAAGUUGAACUCCCUAAAAAUACUUUUGGGUACUGAAGCGACUAACGAAGCUUCGAAGAGCGGUGAUUACGGACUUAUUCUCUUUCCUUUUCCGGUGAAAAGGUGGGUCUACUCACUUAUUUUCCUGGGAAAAUUUCACUUUCCCUUUCUCCCCCUACCUACAAUUUAUACUGUCUUUCCAUAUGUAUAAUCAGUCGCACACCUUAUCUUCGCUUUUAGCUCUCUCUUUCCUUUUCCCUCUUCUUUUUCUGUAACUUUCCUUGAAACUUCUUGUCUUUUUAUUCACACUCCGUUUUCAAGCUUCCCUUUAGCGCUCUCUCUCUCUCCCAAAACACAUACUCUCUCUCUUUAUUCUCCUCACUCUCAAAGGAAUCUCUUCUUUUUUUCACGACCCCAUUUCAGGCUCACUCUACUCUCUGCCUUUUGAUUUCAAUGCGAAUUUGAGAAGUGUGUAGAGAUAUGGAACGAAGUAUGUUGGCUCCAGUGAAGUACAGUGAACACCGGAAGCAAACUACGAUGCUCAGGCCGUCGACAGCCGGAGUCACCGUCGGCCGGAAGAAACUGCCGGAAAUGAGUUCCGGCGGAGGACCCAAGGUAGUGAGGAUAUCGGUAACCGACGGUGACGCCACGGACUCGUCGAGUGACGAAGACGACGGACUCUUUCGCCGUCAGAGAGUCAAGAAGUUUGUCAACGAAGUCAGAAUCGAGUCGUCGUGUUCCAGAGAUAACGGAAACGGAAAUGUUAACGGCGUUUGGAAGAGUAGCCGGAAGAAGACUGCCGGAAAAGCACAGUCUUCGGCGAAACGGCUGAAGGUGGACUCCGGCCAGAAGUUUCGAGGCGUACGGCAACGACCUUGGGGGAAAUGGGCGGCGGAGAUCAGAGAUCCGCUGCGACGUGUACGGCUGUGGUUAGGCACAUACGACACGGCCGAAGAGGCGGCUAUGGUGUACGACAACGCGGCGAUUCAGCUGCGUGGACCCGACGCGCUCACCAACUUCGCCACACCUCCGGCUAAAACCGUCCCGACGGUGCCGGAAAUCAACCUGGCGCCGACGUGCUCCGGCAACAACUCCGGCGACGAGUCUCACAACAACCUCUGCUCUCCGAAGUCUGUGCUUCGCUUUUCUUCUUCUUCCAACGAAGAAGAAGCUGAGUCGACUCAGAGUCAACCAAAUGACGCCAUCACCCAUUCCAUCGCAGAUACUCGCGACGACAUCUCAGUGUGUGAGAACUUCUCGGAUUUCUCAGCCUUCGAUAAGCUAUAUCCCGACGACUUCUUUGAUUUUCAGAAACCGAUACUGGAUUUGUUUGACGAAACGGGUUUAGGGAAGAGCAUUUUCAGUGAAGAAACGGCCUACGAUAUGUUUAUCGGGUCGGUUGAUGGUUUCGGGGCUGAUUCAUCGGCGUGUAUGGUCGACGAUUACUUCCAAGACUUCGGCGAUAUAUUUGGAACAGAGCCUCUCGUCGCUCUUUGAGAAUCGAAACAACAUCGUAUUAUCGUUAAGAAAGACGAUGAUUCUCUUCUCGCCUUGGUUGCUGAUUCCUCGGCAGAUUUUGAAUCGGCGGGAAUGAAAUAUCGGAUUGGAUUUUUGUUUUUUUUUGUUUUAAAUUAAAUUUCUAGUUUUUAUCAUUUGUUAAUUAUAUAUAAAUUGUAAACAACUCCGUUACUUUAACGGUGACGGACGAGGUAUUCAAUACAUGUUCUUUUUUUUCUUUUUUCUUUUUUUUGUUCUAUGGAUUAGGUGAAAGUAUGAAAUGUAAUGAACGCCUAGCGCAGCAUACAUGUGCUACAUAAACAAAUUGCGCACUCUUAUUUCGGUUCA